AUGAGAAAGUGGGGCUGGAAAGAUGUUCAGGAGAAGUUCCUAGCGACGACUGGCAAGUUCAGGAACAGUGAGCAGUUUGGAUACAAGUACAGGCAGUUGAAGUUGCUUUGGCAGUUCAUCCAAGAUCUGCGGACAAAGUGCACAGGCUUGGGGCACCGAGAAGAUAGCUCUGUGAUUGCUAGUGAUAAGUGGUGGCAGACCAAUUGCAGGGGGCACGUGGACUGGUAUGAUCUGAAGGAUGGAUGGCCAGAAUACAUUGACGAGCUGGACCGCAUGUUCUGUGGAGUAGCAGUGACUGGAGAAACGUCCUUUGUUCCAGGGGUCAGCCGGCAGAUCAACUUCAUCAGCAGCGGCGAAGAAGAUGUUGCUGAUGCGGACUGUGGCACCCCUCGCAACUGUGCCACCCCAGUCAGCAGUGGGAGCAAGAGGAGCUCAAGCAGCAUCCGCAGCACUGCUACAAGCCCCAGCAAGAAGAACAAGGGCGGUGCUGUUCGGAACAUGAACAGCAACAUGACAAGGUUCAACUCCAGUUACGAUCACAGGACAUCAAUUAUCCAAAGGGCCUUGGAGGAUAAGAUGAAGGAGGUUGAAGAUGUGAUGGACAAGAAGCAGCGGCGAGAGGAUGCUAGGAAGCAAGAACAGAAACUAGUGACAGAUUCAGCGACAGAGCUUGGAGUGCACCUGAUGGAAGGACAACUCUGGAAUGGUGUCGUCAAGAUCUGCAUGCAUGAUGACCUACGCAACAUCUUCCUGUGCACACCUGUUGAAGCAAGGCUGUCAAUGAUCAAGCAAUAUGCCUAUAUGGAUGUUGCUGCUCAUUUUGGUGCCCAAGUUGAAGAUUCAGUGGAGGAGGAGGUCGAGGACCAGGAGGAGGAGGAGAAGUUGCUGGCCGAGUGGAAGGGCAAGACAACCCAGAAUGUCAUGGCCACUUGUGACUUGGAUAUGGUUUUCACAUUUGUGCUUGCUGGGUGGCCGGGUUCAGUGCAUGACAUGAGGGUGUUUGACGAUGUAUCUACUGUUCCUAUAGAGAAAUACUACUUGGUGGACUCGGGGUAUGCAAACCGCACCGGCUUCCUGGCUCCUUACCGCCAGACCAAGUAUCACAUCCAAGACUUUCAAAACGCGCCAGAACCACAAGGUAUGAAGGAGAUAUUCAACUUUGCACAUUCAUCUCUUAGAAAUAUGAUCGAAAGGGCGUAUGGAGUGUUGAAAAUGAAGUGGCGCAUAUUGUUGGACAUCCCGGCCUAUCCACCAGAAACACAGACACGGAUUAUAUGUGCAUGCAUGGCGUUGCACAACUUCAUUAGGAUUAAUGGUGACUUUGAUAGUCACUUUGGUAUAGUGGACAGCAACAUUAACUAUGUGCCUGUUGAAGGCACUCAGGAUCAGCCGAAAACAGUGCCUGCGCCGAAGAGUGCGGACAUGGCAAGCAUGAAUGCAUUCCGAGACAUGCUUGCUGAACAUUUGUUUGCUAGGUCUUGA